AUGGGGAAAGGGCUCCAAGAGCUCAAGAGAAACGCGGGAAACCUCAGGGUUGAAGGGUGCACAGUGUACCUCAGCCUGCUUCUAGGCGCCUGCCUUUGGGCCCCUCGCGUUUUGAUUGGCUGCCAGGGCCCGGCCCCCGGCCACGUGACUGGGCGGGCGCCGAGGUGCGCACGGCUCUCAGGCGAAGCGGGGCGCUCGGGCGCGGUGGGCGGGAAGCGGGGCGCUCCGGCGCGGUGGGCGCGAGGUGAGCCGGCCGCGUCUCGCGCGUUGCCCUUCCUGGGACCCCGCGGCCGCCGGGCGCAGUCAGCCCUGGCCCGGCUGCGCGGCGUCCUGGAGCGGGAGCUGGAAGGGAUCCGCGGGGCCGGCACCUGGAAAAGCGAGCGCGUCCCCACGUCCCGCCAGGGGCCGCACAUCCACGUGGACGGCGUCUCCGGAGGAAUCCUUAACUUCUGUGCCAACAACUACCUGGGCCUGAGCAGCCAACCCGAGGUGAUCCAGGCAGGGCUGCGGGCCCUGGAGGAGUUUGGAGCUGGCCUCAGCUCUGUCCACUUCAUCUGUGGGACCCAGAGCAUCCACAAGAAUCUGGAAGCAAAAAUAGCCUGCUUCCACUAGCGGGAGGACGCCAUCCUUUAUCCCAGCUGUUUCGACGCCAGUGCUGGCCUUUUUGAGGCCCUGCUGACCCCGGAGGAUGCGGUCCUGUCGGAUGAGCUGAACCAUGCGUCCAUUAUCGAUGGCAUCCGUCUCUGCAAGGCCCACAGGUACUGCUACCGCCACCUGGAUGUGGCUGACCUGGAGGCCAAGCUGCAAGAGGCCCAGAAGCAUUGGCUGCGUCUGGUGGCCACUGACGGGACCUUCUCCAUGGAUGGUGACAUUGCGCCCCUGCACCCCUGCGGGAGACUGCUGCCUUCUCAAUAUGGUGUCCUGGUCUUCGUGGAUGAAUGCCAUGCCACUGGCUUCUUGGGGGCCACAGGACGGGGCACCGAUGAGCUGCUGGGUGUGAUGGACCAAGUCACCAUCAUCAAUUCCACACUGGGGAAGGCGCUGGGUGGAGCAUCAGGGGGCUACACGACGGGGCCUGGGCCCCUGGUGUCCUUGCUACGGCAGCGUGCCCUGCCCUACCUCUUCUCCAACAGUCUGCCACCUGCCGUCAUCGGCUGUGCCUCCAAGGCCCUGAACCUGCUUAUGAGGAGCAACACCAUCAUCUAGUCCAUGGCUGCCAAGACCCAGUGGUUCCGCAGUAAGAUGGAGGCUGCUGGCUUCACCAUCUCAGGAGCCAAUCACCCCAUCUGCCCUGCGAUGCUGGGGGAUGCAGGGCUGGCCUCUCACAUGGCAGAUGACAUGCUAAAGAGAGGCAUCUUCAUCAUCGGGUUCAGCUACCCUGUGGUCCCCAAGGGCAAGGCCCAGAUCUGGGUCCAGAUCUCGGCGGUGCACAGCGAGGAGGACAUAGACCGCUGCAUGCAGGCCUUCGUGGAGGUGGGGCGGCUGCACGGGGCAUUGCCCUGAGCCGAGGUCCCCUCCCUCCCUCCACAGCGACUUUGAUCGCCCAGACUUGGAUGAGGCCUCGACUGUGGCCUCAAGUGUGAAAUAACAGUGUGCAGACCGGC